CCCAUGGAUGUGCUACUACCAGGGACUUUCGACACCCUCGUCCACCACCGACUUUGGUCUCCCUCACGGCACACUGCUGCGUGCCAGUGACUACCGAAACAUCUAUUCCACUCCCGCGAGGAACGGCAAUUGCUCCUUCGGGUGGUUCGCCGUACUGCAACCGGUGAAGCCGAAACAUAUCGAUCUUCUGCACCCGUGGUACACAAACAUCUCGAGAGGGGCCCUCCCCGUCCUCUUCACCCGCAUCUGCUCCUGCCCUUGACUACAACAACUAUGAAAGCGGCAGGCGGAGGAGUAAAGCGUCGGACAAAACAACCGUGAACCAGAACAAAAGUGUUGAAACGACGGGGAAUAACGUUGAAAAUCAUGCCCCGAAAUUUGCGUAGGGGGAGGAACGGUCGUCAAAACAUGCCCGGGUUCCUGCUUGCAUUGGAGCCAGACCAUACUGCCUGGUUCAGGCUGUGCACGCACAAAAAGCACCGGCGGCGGAGGAAGAACGAGACUGCACCUCACGUCGUCGAACGUUGCCGGCCAAGCAAAACCGACAUCACACCGACAACUGCAAGGGAGACAAGAAGGAAGGCGAGCACCUGUCUCAAGCCGACGAAGAUUCACUUGUUGAACAAUCCCCUCCUGGAAAUACUCAGGUGAGUCGCUAAUAGCUACGAAUUCAGCCUGACCGUCACACCAUAGUCACCCACUAUUCUCGACCCCUGAUUACAGACGUUCCCCGGCGGCAAACGAGGGACAUGCUAUAUGCUGUACUUGGUUUACGCUGUCGAGACUUCAAUUAGCCAUUCCUGGCCCGAAGAUGAUCCCCCGUGGCCGUGGCCCAAAUUGACCCAUGCGAAACCCACGUCAUGAAACCCGAGGACACCCCCGAGUCAUCAUCCAUAAGUCAUCUUGCAACAGCAAGAAGGGAAAUUCCGAAUACCAUCACCAGCAAGCAUAAACCACGACCGACUGCGUAUCUCGAACAAAGAGGCUGGCGGUUGAAGAUGGUGGUGGCCAACUUCAAUUACUUUCAAGCAAAGCACGUCUGUUCCAAGGCCAGCCCUGCCCAUCAAAAAUCCCCACAGACUGGUGUCUCUUCUCUACCACGCCUUUUCAGCCCCGGUUGCCAAAACCCUGUUGCAACACAUCCCCAACAAAAACGCAAACGACGAAUCAUUCAGUGCCAGGCAGCAACGAGUGUCGUUUUUUUGACAGGCUCGUAUUCCCUGCUGUUGGGGCGGCUUGCCCCCCUCGCUCCCUGUCCCUGUCCUUGCCCUGCCCCGGGGAUCAGCUGCCUUUGCCUGACCUCAAGCCUUGCCCUUUGAGUUGUGGUUGCGCCCACUGAAAAGUCUGUUUCCCUCACCGCUCUUUUAUUCACAUGGCCAGAACACGGGUUGAUCCCUCUCUCGCCGUACCCCUGACGCCUUCCAUCCAGGGUGACAGCGACUUCUUUCUCCGAGGGGAGACGUUCUGGUGAGUUGGAAGGGAGGGAGGGGGGUUGGGUGGUGAUGGAAAUGUCACCCGUGCGUAUCUUGAGUAUGGCUUUCCAGCAGCUGCCGGCCGGAUACUGAGGCUGAGGAAACUCGACGGUUUGGGUCCCGUCGACCCUCCGUGGAAAAGAAGCUGCUGGAAACCGUGGAUUGAACCUGAAAACUUCUCUCGGUAGGUGAAUCAUUGCGAGGAAUGGUCUACCCAGACAUCCCGAAAGGUUCUACCAUGACCGAGCCACCCCCGCCACCUCUGUCUCCCCCUGUCAGCACUACAUGGUAUGAUGGUAGAAGAGCAAACUAUAUAGAACCCCUUGACUUGGCCACAACGAGCUACACAGGUCCGUUGUCAUGCCGUUGUUGAAACAGCAGCGACCCCCAGAAGUGUCUGACCAAUGGUAGUAUGAGGCAGGAGCCUUCCCCCCUUUCUUUUCUCCAACGAGAUGCAUAGAAGACAGGACAGAACCAAGAUUCCCAAGCUUUUG